UAAACGUCACUCUUCCCUCUGACGUCAGAGAGGCGUCUGUCGCGCCAUGCUCCGCCGAGGGAGCCCGCUGGCCGGUCUGCGCCCUUUGCUGGCGGCGCGACGGCGGCUCUUCGCUAACCCCGAGGAGCCCCGGGUUCGCUUCAGCAUCAUCCGCGGCGGGGAUUUCUUCCGAGAAUUUAAGAAGCUGACCAAUUUCCCAAACUUGAAGACUGACUUUGAUUCCUUAUUUCCAAAAAGAGAUCUCCCUCCUGAGCAUUCCGAUGUGGUGAUCAUUGGCGGUGGGAUAAUAGGCUGGUCCAUUGCCUACUGGCUGAAAGCCAAGGAAACACGCAGAAAUGCCAUUCAAGUGUUGGUAAUUGAGAGAGACAAUACUUAUUCCAAAGCAUCCACAGUUCUUUCUGCUGGAGGGAUACGGCAACAGUUUUCAGUGGAAGAAAAUAUCUGGAUGAGUUCUUUCUCAGCAAACUUCUUGCGUUUAAUCAACGAACAUCUUGGUGUUGUUGGGGAACCACCCAUUGAUAUUCAGUUUAAUCAUUCGGGUUAUCUCUUUCUCGCUUCAGAGAAUGAAGCUGCUGUUUUGGAGGAGAACGUAAACCUUCAAAGAAAGGAAGGCGUAGCUGUCUCUCUGCUUUCACCAGCACAACUGAAAAAGAAAUUUCCAUGGUUGAACACUGAUGACGUAGCUCUGGCUUCUUAUGGCUUGGAAAAUGAGGGCUGGUUUGAUCCCUGGUCUCUUCUCAACGCAUUCAAGAGAAAAGCCAUCUCUCUGGGCACGCUCCAGUAUCACGGAGAAGUGACAUCUUUCAACUCGGGUUUUUAUGAAAUGAAGAUUAAAGAUCAGCAUUGUAAAGCCUCGUGUAUUAAAGCUGUCAAUGUCCAGUUGCCCGAAAGUUUUGAACGUGCCAAGGUAGACUGUUGUAUAGUGGUAAAUGCGGCAGGAGCCUGGUCAGGCAAAGUGGCUGAGAUGGCUGGCAUUGGGGCUCCAUCCGAAAACAACCCAGCAGGGGUCAAGUUUCCAGUAGAACCCAAGAAAAGGUAUGUCUAUGUCUGGCACUGCCCUGAGGGACCCAGCUUGGAGUGCCCAUUCCUCAUUGACACCACUGGAGCGUAUUUCCGAAGAGAAGGUUUGGGUGGCAACUAUCUUGGAGGCUUAAGCCCAACAGAAGAAGAAGAGCCAGAUAUUGAAAAUUUGGAGGUAGACCAUGAGUUCUUCCAGGAAAAAGUCUGGCCUAAGCUUGCCCACCGACUGCCGUGCUUUGAAUCUUUGAAGGUGAAAAGCUCCUGGGCCGGUUACUACGACUACAAUACGUUUGAUCAGAAUCCUGUGAUUGGCAGGCACCCACAAGUGUCAAACCUCUACUUUGCUUCAGGCUUCAGUGGACAUGGGUUACAGCAUGCCCCAGCAGUGGGACAAGCCGUAGCCGAGCUCAUUCUUGACCUUAAAUAUAAGACCAUCAACCUGGAGAGAUUCUCCUUCGAUAGGCUUAUCAAAGAUGAGAAGCUCCUGGAAAGAAAUAUAGUCUAAUGCCACCCAAGUUGGGAUUCAUUUGAAGAGCUGAGUCUUCAUCGUUUUAUUCUCUCCCUACUUUUUAUCGUCAGGCCUAGUCAUUGCAUCCAGCACCAGGAAGUUGCUCUGACUGUGAUAUGGCAGCAGCUGCAGCUCAUUUGAAUGGGUCUGUUCUGCGCAGAAUAACUCGGAGUAACCGAAGAGCGAUCAAAUGCUGAUGCUGCUGUGAUCAAAGCUCGCGGAACCCGAAAUUGAAGAGGAGACUCGUGGAGGAGAGGGGUUUUCCCCUCGCCAGCUCUACUUCUGCUCUCCUUUGUCACUUCUCCUGUGCUUUAGAGCUUAAGCUUCUCUUUCAGCAGAGGACUUUAGAGAAAGAGGAAGGAGAUGACAAAAGAUCUGCUGUCCCUCUUGUACCUCUUCCUCCGCUGUUUGGCCUACUAGGACUCUGGUGUCUGCUUACUGCUAACACUGCUCAGUGUUAGAAGAAAAAGGAAGUUAUUCCAGGAAUGUGGCUAAAAGGAGACAAAAGGAAACGACUCAACCAGGCCGCUUUUUAAACACCUCUCCCUUCUCCCUCCUUCAAGUCAAAAUUUAGAUCAAGAAUAGGAUGUCUUGGACUGAAAUAGAAGUUUAACGAGGAUAAAGCCUUACCUGCAGCCAUUCAUCAGCUAGAUUCGUUUAGACCAGGGGUCUCCAACUUUAGCAACUUUAAGACUUGGGGACUUCAAUUCCCACUUGAAGUCCACAAGUCUUAAAGUUGCUAAGGUUGGAGUCCCCUGCUCUAGACAGUCUUUCUCAAACUGGAAAUGUUAAGAUGGGUGAACUCCAAUUCCCAGAAUUCCCCAGCCAGAAAUCUAAGAAAGAAACUCUCCGUUCCCUAGUUUAUCUCCAGUACCUGAUAUGCAGAAA